GAAAUAAAAAAAAAAAAGAGUAGAAGCUUUGACAAUGUUGUCGUCUGGUUUUACUAUGAGAUUGUCUCCUGCAUUCUAGUCGUACUUUUUAUAUUACAAGUUUAGCGAGCUGAAAACAAAAUGACAGAUUUCAGUUCCAUCAUAUGUUAGCCUUAAGAAACAAACAAAUAUCUUCGGAAUUUACGUAAGCUUAUUGGCUGGGCUGAGUACGUUGCUUGAGCAGUUGUGUUCAGUGUCUCUGAAAUAUUUAGAUAAACUGCUUGAAGAUUGAUUUCCUUACAGAGGAAAUGAUGUCAGGGCCAACAAGAAAAUUGAAAGCUGACGGCCUUCCUUCUGAUAUUACCCAAAUAAGACUUAAAACAUUUUUUAGCAACGAGAAUAGCCAAGGUGGUGGACCAGUAGAAGAUGUUCAAAUCUCUGAAGACAGAACUAGUGCGAUUAUAACAUUCAAAGAAGUUGAAGCCGUUGAGCGCAUAAUAAAAAGAAAAGAUACAGUGAGCAUGUCCAGUGUUUUUGUCAAAGUUAGUCCUUGUUUCGAUGAGAUCCCAAAUGACGGAAAAGACAAUUUGGCAGAUGAAAUAAAAGCUAUCAAAAGUAAAUCAAUGGAGCUAGAAAUGUCUGACGAAGCCAACAAUAAAACAACCCUGACAAAGAUAGAUACAAAAGGACCAGAUUUAAGCGCUAAAGAUUUAAGCUCUAAAGAUUUAAGCCUUGAAAAUUGCCAUAAGCCACAAUCGAGCUCUACAAAUCUAAACUCUGAUUUAAGCUCUGGGGAUUGCCAAGAUGACCACACAAUGUCAUUAGAUGGACAUGUAGUAGCAGACGACAAGAUCAAUAAAGAUACAGAAAUGACAUCGAAAGAUGAGCUUCCGGUGUAUUCAAAUUUAAUAUAUCUCCAAGGUGAUCUUGGAAACCUUGAAAAGUUAGCCGAAGAGAUCACUGCCCUAACUGGACUCCAUGUGGAUGACAUCAUUCAGCAAGAUCUGCCAGAUAGGUGCAUUGUCGCUUUUAUGGCCGACUUUAACUUGGAAGAGAUACUUAUGGAAGGCAAUGGAUUAACUUUGGGCUCAAAACAGUUGAUUGCAAAGCCUGUGUUUAAUACUAACAGCAUUCUUGUGAAUGGACUCUCUGAAAAAGUUACCGUGUCGUCAUUGAAAAACAAAGUACUCAGUUGGGGCGGUCAAAUGAAGUCUUUGGAAGAGAUCAAUCAAGACAAGCAAGCUGUUGUUUACUUUGAACGCACUAUAGACGCUGAUGACAUUCUUUUCCUGAAACAAGAAUUGGAAAUAGAUGGUGAAACAUUGUUUCUCUCUAAAUAUUUCCCUUGCCUGUCAGAAGUUAAAUUUGAAGCUAAAGAUGGGUUCACUCCAGAGAUACCUUUUGCGAUUUCUGUCCAAAAAAACUUACUAAGUCAAAUUGAAACUAAAAAUAAGAAUAAGCAGAUUUAUCAUGGACGGGUUAGAAAAGUGAUCUCCCUUUACAGUGACUGCGAAGCUAUUUCGUCAAGAGAACAGUUAAAUGUAUCUGGAGUGACUAUCAAGAACUUUGGGAUACUCGAGUUUCUUCAAAGAGCUGAUGGACAGGAGCUAAUUGGACGUAUUCAAGAAAAACACGGCUGCAUUGUUAAAGUGGUGCCGAAUCCCAAGAUGAACUUAAGUCUAGGAGGACCAGGUGACUCUCUUAAGAUGACCACGACUGAAAAUAGUUGGAAAAUCAGACAUCUUAAAAUCAACUUAAUCAUAGGAGAAAUUGAAAAACAAACUUCAGAUAUUAUCGUCAUCACAGUCAAUACUGCACUUAAUUUAAAAGUCGGAGUUCUUGCUCAACUAAUUUUAAGCCAAGCUGGAGAGGAGGUGCAGAGGACGUUAGAAAAACGGUACCCCAAAGGUAUAAAGUUAGGUGAGUUUGCUGAAACUAGUGGAGGGAAACUACAAACUAAACAUAUCUUCCACGCUUGUGUUCCUAAGUACAGUGAAGAAGCUGUGCAACAGAUGUCAGAUUUAUUAGAAAAUCUGCUUGCAAGAGCUGAAAUUCUCCAAGCCAAGUCUAUCUCUUUUCCUGCUUUAGGAACAGGAGGAUUGAGUUUUCCCCUUGAUAUUUUUUCAAAAGUGAUGCUUGAGUCAAUCAUCCAACACUCUAAGCUGAAGUCAGAUUCUUUACAGCAAAUUCAACUAGUCGUCUUUCCCAGUGAUACAGAAGCAGCUGAGACCAUACAGUCGGUAUUUUCAACUGGAUUUAAAGAAGCCAAUGCAAAAUUGAAAGGUAAUGUCUACAGAUAUGGGCAUAUAUUUCUGAGGAUUAAAGUUGGAGACAUCACAGAACAAGAAACUGAUGUCAUAGUGACCGGUAUUAAAGACUCCAUGAAUCUUGCUUCAUCUGGUGAAGUAUGCAAUGUAUUGCUUGAAAAAUGUGGCAAGAAACUGCAAGAUGAAUGUAACACUAAAAAAACAGACCUGGAUUUAAAUGAUGUCACAAUGACCUCAGCUCCCAAUUUGUCAUGUCAGCACAUUAUUUUUAUGAACAAAGAUGCAUUUGCUCCACGUUUAGCUCAAGGCAUUUUCAAAGUUUUGAUAGAAGCAGAAAAACUUGGAGCUACAUCCCUAGCCUUGCCUGCAUUAGGGGCAGGGUUCCACAAGAAAAAUAUUACAAGUAUAAAGCAGUGCAUAUUUCAAGCUGUGGAGGCAUUUGGACUGUUACCAACACAGAAUCUAAGAAAAAUCAAGUUAGUGAUUCUCAAUGAUGCCAAUUUAGAGAAUUUCUUACACCAUGAAGGCUCACAUCCACAUCUGUACAAUAAAGAAACAACAGAUACGACUAUGUUACCUGAAAAUAUUUCUCAGGAAGUGGAUGUUCAUUUUUAUUCAAUACAUGCACUGGACAGAAUAAAAGCAGCCAAAGAACUAUUAGAAGCUUGCAAGUUGGCUUAUAAAAAAGAAAUAGAAAAUAACGUACAUCUUCUCAGUUCAAUUCAAAUUGAAGAAUUAUUGAAGCUGUGUCUCGAACAUUUAAUCAUAGCGAAAAUUGAUAUUAAAUGUGGUUUCCUAGAAAUGGAAGGCUUUCAUUCUAAUGGAAUGUUGAAAGUGAAGACAAGAUUGAAAACUAUGAUUGAAGGUGCAAGUAAAAGAAGAACUAACAUUGGUAUUGAGUGGCAUUACACACAAGAAGAGAAUUGUGAAAUCGAAAAAACAUACCAGCAUGAAGCCAGCAGCUGUAAAGGACUGGACACUAUUGGUUUUAUACAUGACAUAAAUUUUCCAGGAAUGACUGCAAAUGGCAACACUGGAACGUUAUCUCGAGAAAGAGUAAAUAAAAGUUUUUAUCUUCACAUCCACGCCCAGGAACUUUGGCCUAAGCGUUGGGAGCCCAUGUUAAAAACACAGAAUUUGAAAGUUGUAGAAGUAAUGCCACAAGCUGAGGAAUAUAGUGAAGUAGAGAAACAGUUUCACCUGACAUUGCCAGAUUUUCCUUUAAAAAAGCUUGAACGCAUUCAAAAUAAAUCCUUAUAUUUACAAUAUUGUGUGAAAAAAAAGGAACUGGAUCAGUACAAUCCACAAGGUCAUCAAAAUGAACAAAAACUUUUUCAUGGGACAAUGUCAGAUUGUAUUCCUCCAAUAAAUGAAAAUGGAUUUAACAGAAACUAUUGCGGAGUCAAUGGAACAAUAUAUGGGUCGGGAGUCUAUUUUGCGGACAAGUCAAGUUAUUCAUGUAAGUUUACCAAGCCUGACUUGGACGGUAAUAGACACAUGUACAGAGCUCGAGUUUUGACUGGAGAAUUUAUUGAGACAAACUCCUCCACAAAAUACCUCCCUAAAAAGCCAGGAACCAACAGACCUUAUGAUUCUGGUGGUGAUAAAAGUAGAGGAAUUUAUGCUAUUUUUCAUGAUUCUCAAGUUUACCCUGAAUAUUUAAUUACAUUUUAAGACAUAGACCUGCAAGUAACCAAAAGAAGCGAUUUUUUAAUCAAUACAUUUGUCAUGAAGUUGAUGACUUUUUUGUAAGAGCGAUAACUUUGUUCUCAAUAACUAAUCAAUGAUAGAUUAAAAAAAAGGAAAAUUCUUCAUCACACCCCAAUCCCUCACCCCUGAAUUAAUCCUGAGUAGCCUACUCCCAUGUAUAAAUCUACUAAGAGUUUAGAAUAUUCUAGUUUGCUGAUAUAGAUUCAAACUUAGAAACAUUUAAAGACAGUAGUGUCUUGGCUAAAUUUAGAAUCUAGUAGAGAUUCAGCAUUGAUAUUGUGUUUUGACAAAUUGUAUAAGGAUUAUAUAAACAUAUGUCUGUCACAAAUUAAUUCUAGCUCUAUUUAUUCAACUCUUUACUAAAUACUAAGAAACAUCUGAAAUGAAUGUAUGAAUUCCAACUGAAGGUUUUACAAAAUAGACCAAAUUUAAUUGUGAGAUGGUUAUAUUUUGAAAAAUUAUAACAGUCAAACCAGAGUUUACAUUGCAUAGCCAGUUAGCUAGUUGUUUUUUUUCCCAAACCAAUUUGAUCACCAUCAUCAUCAAACUCCAUUUCAGUGAGGGCUAGAGAGGCUCAAAUACUCUCUUGCUAAAACCCUGGACAGAAACCCUGCUGUAUUGCUUAGUGCACAAAGCCAUUGAUAAACUGUCAAAUGUCUAGGAAUAUUGUUAGUCAUUUUUGAAAUUUGUAUCCAUCCACCCAUGCAAAGUUUGUAAGCUGAUAAGAGGAAUUGUAGAAUAAAAGAUUCGAAUGUUACUAACCAUAACCAGUGAGUAAAAUUGUGUGUGUUAAGAGUAGUCUCCCUGAUGUAGAUGUGUUUCCUUAGAAUAUGAAAUGAUUAUUCUUCAAGUAUGGAAUGCUGUCACAAAUAGACAUCUUACUGUGUUCUUUUCAAAAUAUAUUAGGCAUAGCAGUAAGGACAUGCAUACAGUAAUUUAUUUUUACAAGAGUUAAAUCCCUUCCCUUCAACGCCUAACAAAAAAAACAAAUAUUGUCCCCCCAUUGAUUUCACAAAGUACUGAGUGACUCUAGUCAUUCAAAUUGUAGUUUUCAUAAUGAAAUGCCUAGGUCUGUACUUUAUUUUUCAUUGAAUUGCAUAAUUAUUGUUUUAUAUUGAAGAAAUCACUAUUAACAGAAAUUUAAGCUUUUAAAAUUAUUUUCUAGUGAGAAGCUUGAAAACAAGUGGGAAUCAAUGUUUACUUUUUAUAAAUAUUUGGCAUUAGAAUAUUUCCAAUCUUGAUCACUGUAUCUAUUGAUAACCUAUCAAAUUUUAAAAUUGAAAAAUGCUAUAGAUGACAAAAUGAUCUAUACUGCAUGAUGACAUUGUAGCAGAGCUGGUUAUAUAAGUGAAAUACAAAAAAUGAGAAUGUGAAAUGGAAACUUUGAAUGUACAGUAAGGGUACAACAUGCAGACCUGAACUACACUGAAACCAUGGCAAAUAUUCUUGGCACUUCCUUCAAUAGGUGCUUUUAGGUGGCAUAUCUGGGUGUUUUCACUUCUGCCUUACUAUUUUGAUCCAUAAUAUGGGUGAUAAUUUUUAAUACAACAUUUAAUUUCAUGAAAGUUUUAUAUUUUUUGCUAAAUUUAAGUAUGAUAAAUGAGGGAAAACAUUGCAAUAGUUUUAUUUUGUAUAUUUCUAUUUGUAUGCUAUUUUACUGAAUAUUCAUGUCAAGACAUAAUCAGCAUUUUUCUAUUAUUCCUUUCAUAUUGUUUGCAUCUAUAUUGUUAUUGUACAGUAGUUACGCUGAGGUGUUCAAUUGUAGUCAAACUGAAUUUCCAUUUCAUUGGACCAAUAAAAAUUAUCUUAUCUUAUAAUAUUCAUUCCUUAUUUUGGAAUUAUGAGUUUAUGAUGAAUACAUAAGCAAAAUAUUUAAGUCUAAUGAAAUAUAUGGUCAGGUCUAUAGUAUUUUUUAAUAAAGUAAUUUUUUUAAGUUUAAUCAUACAUGUAAAUACCAUUUUUUAUCCAAUUUUUAUUCUAUACAGGCCCAAUGGCUAAAUAAAUCAGUUAUGUGGAACAAUACCGAAAA